GUUCCGGGCGGGGGCUCCCUGGGCGCCCGGGCUUCCGGCGCUGAGCUCGCUGCCGCCCCAGCGCGGUAUGGAGGCGAAGGAGGCAUCCACGCCAGCUACCGGCGGCGGGUGCUCGGUGUCAGCGGAGGAGAUCGGAAAGUGGAUGGAGGAGGCCAUGCAAAUGGUCUUGUGCCAGGUACUAAAGCUGCAAAGGUGAGCAAGUCAAGUUUGCUAGUGCGAGGAUCGGGUGCUUGCCUCCCAGGAACCUACUAUUUAAUGGAUGAACGUAAAACAUGCACCAAUGCAAAAGCCAAAGAAGCCCUAGAAAAUAUUGAAGUUCCUGUUGGCUGCCUUAUGGUCUAUAACAAUGAAGUUGUGGGGAAAGGAAGGAAUGAAGUUAACCAAACCAAAAAUGCUACUCGACAUGCAGAAAUGGUGGCCAUCGACCAGGCCCUAGCCUGGUGCCGGGGGAGCGGCCGGAGCCCCGCGGCGGUGUUCGAGCGCACGGUGCUGUACGUCACGGUGGAGCCGUGCAUCAUGUGCGCGGCUGCCCUCCGCCUCAUGAAAAUCCCGCUGGUUGUGUAUGGCUGUCAGAAUGAACGUUUUGGCGGUUGUGGCUCUGUUCUAGAUAUUGCCUCUGCUGAUUUACCAAAUACGGGGAGACCGUUUCAGUGCAUUCCGGGGUAUCGGGCUGAGGAAGCAGUGGAAAUGUUAAAGAACUUCUACAAACAAGAAAAUCCAAACGCAACUGGAGAAGAGGCACCGAGAACUGGUUUCCUGCCUUUUGGCAGAGGAAUGAGACUACAUUGACUUCAUCCAUGAAGACAGCUGCCAACUAUUUUCUAACCCAUAACUGUUAAUUGUAUGUGGUGAGGGAAGGGGUGAUGGGUGAUGUUAUUUUUAUGGGUAUAAGUUCUGGUGAAAGUUUGACAUCUUUAGGAUCUUACGUUUUUUCAAGUGGAGUUAAUAAAAACAGGCUCAGGGAAUUACUUCUUACCUGAUUUUUAAGUGAAUGUUGCAGUUGAAGAAGCAGGAACUUGGGAGUCUAGCGCAGGAGUUGGCAAGUAUGGCCCAUGGGCCAAACCCAGCCUGCGGCCUAUUUUGGUACCACUCACAAGUUAAAAAUGGCUUACCUUUUUAAAAGGUUGAAAAAAAUCAAAAUAAUUUAGUGACUGGUGAGCAUUAAAUGAAAUUUAAAUUUCGGGGUCCAUAAAUUUAGGUUUUUUGGAACGCAGCCAUGCCCAUUUGUUUCUCUGUUGUCUAGGGCCGCCUCUGACAACCAUGGCAGAAUUGAGUGGUUGUGACAGAGACCUGUCUAUGGCUCCCAAAGCCUAACUAUUUCCUGUCUGGCCCUUUAAGAGGAGGUUUGCUGCCCCCUGGCCUAGAGAUUCUAAAAUGUUGAGGUUGGAUUUCCAAGGUGCUUGUUCAAGUUCUGUGAUUUUUUGGAACUGAAUAAUGUGGCUCAUUGUGCAACUGUGGUGAAUUCCUUCAGUACCAUGAUUUUUUAACAUUGGUUUAUAAAUGUGAAAGAGAGAUCCAAGACACUGACAUAUUUAUUCCACCUUAAAAUAUUUUGUUUCCUUAUAUACACUUUAAGAGAGUGGCAAGGAGAAAAUAAUUUAUCAUUUUAUUAGUGUUUCAAAUAAACAAUACAUUUUAUUUAUAAUCAUCAUAAUAAAAAUGUUAUCAAGUAUUUAUCAUCUUUAGGAACCGUUACUAUAAUGUCAAAAGUCUCUUGGACUUGCCGAAACCGGUUUGGCUCAGUGGAAAGAGCGUCGGCCUGCGGACUGAAAGGUCCUAGGUUCGAUUCCGGUCAAGGGCAUGUACCUGGGUUGCGGGCAUAUCCCCAGUAGGAGAUGUG